AUGAACCUUCUUGAUCUACCCACCGAGGUGCUCGUCAUGAUAGCAGAGGCCCUUCAAACCGCCCAUGACAUCAAUACUCUUGCACGGACAAGCCGUACUCUCUACUCCUGUAUCAACUACGUCCUCUACCAGUCUGAUGUGCAGAAUGGAAACGGAAAAGCUCUGAUCUGGGCCGCACGACGCAACAAGCCAGCAACCGCGCAGAAAUCCCUCCAGGCAGGCGUUAAAAAAUUGAAAAAAAUGGCAUCGCCAGCCCCUGAUGCUCUCGUUAAAGGGCGGCCCCGAAGCCAUGAUGCGGUUGUUAUUGGACGAAGGUGUUGA